AAACACCCGGUAGGCCGCCUGCCUGAGACGUUGCUCGUUGGUGUCCACGUAUUAGUCGGCCGCUAUGGCACCCAGCCCACGCAAGAAGACACCCAGUCGGCUUCGCUUGAGAAAAUAAAGCCGGUGUAAGUGUCAGAAAAAUUGCCUUCCGCAAAACAAUGCGGACGACGCUUUGACGCAUGGGACUCGGGCAGGCAGGCAAGGAAGUUUGGCGAGGCUUGUUGAGAUCGCUUCAAGGACCGCAGUGACGGGUGCAAGCUGCAACAAGCACACACUGAGCUCCGAGGCAGGUUCAAUAAAUCCAUCAUGUCUGCCUUCUGUUGGAUGCAAUGACUCCUUGUUAAGACUCCAGCCAACAGAUGUGAGGGUGGCGACAGACAAGGUUGCUGGUAAGCUGAGUUCUACUCUCUCAUGGGUGAAGAACUCUGUGUCGCACACGGUCAGUCAGAUGGCUAGCCAGGUGGCCGCGCCCACGUCCCUGCCGACCACCUCCUCCUCCACGUCUCUGUCCUCGCCGGCCCUCUCGCCGUCCUCGCCGCCGCUGCUCAGCCCGGAUGACGUGGAGCUGCUCGCCAAGCUGGAGGAGCAGAACAGGCUCCUGGAGACGGACAGCAAGUCACUGCGCUCCAUGAACGGCUCCAGGAGAAACAGCGGUUCGUCACUGGUGUCCAGCUCCUCUGCCUCGUCCAACCUCUCACACCUGGAAGAAGAUACAUGGAUCCUGUGGGGGCGAAUCGUCAAUGAAUGGGAGGAUGUGCGUAAGAAGAAGGAGAAGCAGCUCAAGGAUCUUGUCCGAAAAGGGAUCCCACACCACUUCCGGGCCAUCGUGUGGCAACUGUUGUGUAAUGCCCAGAACAUGCCCAUUAAGGAUCAGUACUCGGAUCUCCUCAAGAUGACCUCACCCUGCGAGAAGCUGAUUCGGAGAGACAUCGCCCGCACUUAUCCCGAACAUGAGUUCUUCAAGGAGAAGGACAGCCUUGGCCAAGAGGUUCUCUUCAAUGUCAUGAAGGCGUAUUCUCUGGUGGACCGUGAGGUGGGUUAUUGCCAAGGAAGUGCCUUCAUCGUCGGGCUGCUGCUCAUGCAGAUGCCAGAGGAGGAGGCCUUCUGCGUCUUUGUGAAGCUGAUGCAGGACUACAGGUUACGGGAGCUCUUCAAGCCAAGUAUGGCAGAGCUGGGCCUGUGCAUGUACCAAUUUGAGUGCAUGAUCCAGGAACAUCUGCCGGAGCUCCAUGUGCACUUCCAGGCACAGAGCUUUCACACCUCCAUGUAUGCCUCCUCCUGGUUUCUCACCAUCUUCCUCACUUGCUUUCCGCUAUCCGUUGCCACCAGGAUCUUUGACAUCUUUAUGUGUGAGGGUCUGGAGAUUGUGUUCCGAGUGGGACUGGCCAUCUUGCAGAUGAACCAGGCCGAGCUCAUCCAGCUCGACAUGGAGGGAAUGUUACAGCACUUUCAGAGGGUCAUCCCACGGCAAAUGGACAGCGGACCUGACAAGGUCAUCCAGGCGGCCUAUCAAGUCAAGUACAACGCCAAGAAGAUGAAAAAGCUGGAGAAGGAGUACACGACCAUCAAAACCAAAGAGAUGGAGGAGCAGGUGGAGAUAAAGAGGCUGCGGACGGAGAACCGCCUCCUCAAGCAAAGGAUCGACACGCUGGAGAAGGAAAGCGCUUCCUUGGCAGAUAGAUUGAUCCAGGGACAAGUGACUCGGGCUCAGGAAGCGGAGGAGAACUACCUGGUCAAGCGGGAGUUGGCCACAAUCAAACAGCAAAGCGAGGAGGCCGGUGCUCAACUGGAGCAGGCCAAGAAAACCAUCUGGCAGCUUCAGCAGCAGCAGCCGCAAGCGAAGGCGGCGUCACGCUGCUCGGAGGAGGCGGUCCUGCUGCUGGAGAGAGAGCUUGUGCAGGCCAGACUAAAGGAGGCGGAGUCCCAGUGUGCCCUCAAGGAGAUGCAAGACAAGAUUCUGGACAUGGAGAAGAGGAACACGUCGCUUCCGGAUGACACUAAUGUGGCGCGGCUACAAGAGGAGCUGAUUGGAGUCAAGCUGAGGGAGGCCGAAGCCCUCACUGGCCUGAAGGAGCUGCGGCAACAAGUGCGAGACCUGGAGGAUCACUGGCAGCGCCACCUGGCCCGCACAUCCGGCCGCUGGAGGGAAAGCCCCAAGAAGAACACCCUGAGCGAGCUGCAGGACGAGCUAAUGACCGUCCGGCUGCGGGAGGCUGAGGCUCAGGCAGAGCUGCGAGAGAACCGCCAGAGGAUGUUGGAGCUGGAAACCCAGAAUCAAAUUCACAACAAUCAGUUGCGGCGGGCGGAGCAAGAGGGUCGAAGUCUUCAGGAGCGCGUGCAAACAUUGACCACGCAGAACAAAGACCUCCACGGGCAACUGCAAGAGAUCAAACGCCGACAAGCGGAGAUCGAAUGCAAGAGUAAAGAGGAAGUGAUGGCGGUGAGGCUACGAGAGGCUGACAACAUCGCCGCCAUGGCUGAACUGCAGCAGCAGAUCUCCGAGCUGGAGAUUCAGAAAGAAGAAGGGAAGGUCCAAGGCCAGCUGAACCACAGCGACUCAAACCAGUACAUCAGGGACCUCAAAGAUCAAAUAGCGGAGCUUAAACACGAGAUCUGCUGCUUAAAGGGGCAACGGGGCGUGGCCAAGCCCUCAACCUAUGACGGCAUCCACAUUAUCAACCACUACGGCGAUGACGAUGAGUCUUAUAACUCUUCAGAGGAGGACAGCCCCAAGGACAGUCACCUCCGGGACGGCGAGCGGAGGGGCGGCGGCCGAGUCGUACUGCACCCCAAACAGGGGGACACGGACAGCGAGGAUGAGGAGGAAGAUGAGGACGGCGAGGCUUUGCAGCUCUGUGUGCCUGCCGCCGUCAGCCACAGGUCCACGACCGUGUGACAGGAAGACGACGGGGACGGGGCUGUAUUAUCCCAAUGGGAAUCAUUUCACAGCAUGAGACACACUUUUUUUUUCUCCCCUCUUUACCUCGUGUUAGCUUUUUCUGUAAGGUCGCUGAACGCCCAAAAAGCUGUGAGGUGCUCGAAACUGGACUGGACCUUACAUGGAACAUUUGUGGAGCUUAUCAAACAGGACUGGACCACAGAAAUCAGAAGGGGGUGUGUGUGGUGGUAGGAGACCCUUGGGGGGUGGGCACUAGGCACACAGAAAGAGACAAUAAAACAUUUUAUUCUAUAUCACACUUCAUUCAAUGGGAUUUUAUACUUCUUAACAUUAUUUUAUAAAUCAACAGCUCUUCAGUGUUAUACUACUGUGUGUGUGUGUGUGUGUCUUGUACAUGUUUGGUUUAUAGUUUGUAAUGAUGUGUUAUGUAUUUGCCUUGAGGUAUGAGUGUAUCACAUCAUGCACUAUUGUAUGAUGCUCAUGUCUACCAUACAAACUGAAAAUGGAGCUAAAAUGGACUUGAUGACUCCUCCGUAGCACUUUAGCUGUACUGUAUCAAGGGGAGGAAGACAAAAAAAAGGGAUGGUUGUCAUGGUAACAGACAAAAACUUCA